AUCCGAGAUGCCUGCAGGAUGCCGCCUGGGACUACGCACAAGAAGCCCUCUCUCCAGAAGGACUAAACGUUGACUAUAUUUACCAGCUUGGAUCCUCAACAGCUCUUUCCACCGCCUCUCAGGUAACGAAGACUGAACAAGCAUCCAUCGAUAUUCCCAGGAACCCUGGUGUUUGAACCAACAAUACGGAGUCACCAUGGAUGAAGAUAUGGAUUUUGAUGCCAACGCCACGCAGCCGACACCCCAAUAUCAUCAUCGUCAAGAGUACUAUGACGGAAGAAAGAUGCUCGACUUGGUGUUUGUGCAAGACUGUACGGGGAGCCAAGGAAGCUACAUCUCCUCCGCAACGAAGAACAUCGAAGAGAUUUGUGCACAUAUUUUUGAGUCGGGGAAACUGCAAUCCCAAGAAGAUUUGCGCGUCGGCCUUGUUGCGUUCCGCGACCAUCCACCACAGGAUCAUACAUAUGUUGUCAAGAACUUUGGGUUUUCAUCUGAUAUCAGCAAGGUACAUCGGGACCUAGCGGGGCUUUAUGCUUCUGGGGGUGGUGACGGACCGGAGGCAGUGACUGCUGCGCUCGCAGAAGCGCUCCAUAUGGACUGGAGAGAGCAUGCGAGUAAGAUGGUCGUCCUGAUUGCUGAUGCUCCGCCGCAUGGAAUAGGAGAGUAUGGGGAUGGAUUCGACGAGGGCUCUCCAGACGGACAUGAUCCCUUACAACUCGUUCGCGAAAUGGCUAGUCGGGGCAUCACGCUGUUCUUCGUUGCAUGCGAACCGGCGCUCAGUGGUUACUCGGUAGGGUCGUCGUCGCUCGUUUGUGACAAGUACUUAGAAAUGUUUCAGUAUGCAACAGAUUUCUACCAAGCAAUUACAACCAUCACUUCUGGGCUCAUGCUCCCACUUACGACUGCUGAUCUCCUCUCGCACGCGAUCGUAGGCAGUGUGUUGGAAAACCUCGAUAUGGAGCGCCUUGUCCGAGAGGUGGGGCAUGCCGUCGCACAGCGAAUUCUAGGGAACAAUGAAAGCGUCGAUGAUGUCGCUCGUGAAUUGCACGAGAAGCUACUCCUCCGGAAUGAAAGCACCAAGAAAGUGGUUAUCGAAAGCAUCUACAAGGAGUCUCCUGAAGCAAUGCAUAACGUCUCGGUCUUCACUCACGCUGCAUCGCUGCAUGAAGCGAAAUCACAGUUGAAGAGGGUGCAAGGCACGCGUUUCACGGAAAAGUAUCUCAUCGCACGACAGACCGCGAACCGGAGUUUGUACUCGUAUCCAUAUUCGCCUCAUACGCCUUCUCGAGCAGAAAAGUCUUAUUCUUCUAUGACGCCGAGCACCAGCCCAUCUGCAGCGCCAGCGUCCCCUCCUCGUAAAGUCGUGACGGACUUUGCUGCCUUCGGCGCACCGAAGAAUGCUAGCGUGUUUGGUACGGCCGUUGCAUCGACACCUUUUUCGUUGGCGGGUGGCAAGGCUGCGUUCGGUGGUAUAAGGAAUGCUGGUAGAGUGUUGGUCGAUGAGGAUGAUGAGGAUGAUGAUGACGGUAGGCAGCGGGUGGAACUCAGGGAAGAUUCCAUCUCGCUUGAUCAGGCCCGGCGCAUUGCUAUGCAAAGCGCAUGGCGGAGCGCGCGAGGUUGAUGCCCUCGUACAUUCAUUUCAUCUUGAUUUUUGUUGUUCUGCAGCACGAUUGUGAUUAGCUUCCGUUUUGUCAAUAUAUCACGAUGAUGGAUCAUGUAGAAUAGUUGCACAUAAAUCGCAAUCACUAU